AUGGGGUUUUACUCAUUGGGAAGGCCAGGCCAUAUUUAUAAAGAAGUAGUUGUGGCAUCUACAAAAUGUGCCUCGGAAGAAGAGCUGAGGCAAAGGAACAAGACUUCAUCCUCAGAACAAGCAGAAACGACGGACACUGAGGAGACUGAAAAGCCAAAAGCAAGGCAAAAAGCAGGAAGAUCUACAAAGUGUGUUGCUGUGCAACGUUUUGCAAAGCUGUUUGUUGGAUGCCUGGUAAUGGUGACGAGUGGCAUGAUUUAUGCAAUCUACCUGUCCACCUAUCAUGAGCGCAAGUUUUGGUUUUCUAGUCGGAGGGAUCUUGAACGAGAAAUCACUUUUCAGGGAGAUGGAGCUGUAUAUUAUUCAUUUUAUAAAGACAUGCUUCGAGCCCCAUCAUUUGAAAGAGGUGUAUUUGAAUUGGCUUACAACAAUAGGUCUGUGCCCAUGAAGACUAUCAAUGCUGUACAGCAGAUGACCCUGUACCCGGAGCUCAUAGCCAGUGCCCUGUAUCACAUGUCUGGGAGUAAGGGUACGAUGGACCCCGUAUAUUUCUACAUCGGAAUCAUAUUUGGUCUACAGGGAAUAUAUAUUGGUGCCUUGUUUGUCACCAGUUGGAUAAUGAGCGGCACGUGGCUGGCUGGGAUGUUGACGGCUGCCUGGUUUAUUAUUAACAGGACAGAUACCACCCGAAUGGAAGACUCCAUUCCUCUGAGAGAAAACUGGGCUCUUCCAUACUUUGCAUGUCAGGUGGCAGCACUCACUGGCUUUUUAAGAAACAACAGCAAUUUAACUGCAGAGAGAUUCUGUUACCUGUUGAUGAGUGCAUCUACCUACACAUUUAUAAUGAUGUGGGAGUACAGCCACUACCUGCUUUUCAUACAAGCCUUAUCCCUUUGUCUGCUUGAUGGCCUCUCCUUGGUCAAGAAAGAGAAGGUGCAUGAAAUUCAUAAGAUGUACCUGUUCUCUGUGUUCCUGGGAUAUUUACUACAGUUUGAGAACUCUGCUCUGCUGACAUCCCCUCUGCUAAGCCUUGUUGUGGGUUGUAUGAUUGCCAAAAGCCUUCAGGUCGGAGUUAAAAAGGGCACAUUCAGAGCGAAAGUGAUGAAGAUUAUGUACUUUUAUUUGGCAUUUACCAUUUCUGUAUCACUGCAUUAUUUAAUAAGGACCGUGAUUCCUCAUAAAGAAAACCGUCAGCUUCUGAAAUCUCUUGAAGUAAAAUUUGGACUCAACAUGACCAAGAACUUCACGGUGAAUUGGUUGCUUUGUCAGAAGUCCUUCCAACCACCAUCUCAGGAUUACCUCUUACGGCUCACUCAGUCUUCCCUGUUGCCUUUCUACAUCCUCGUCCUGCUCAUCUGCCUUUUCUCCAUAUCACAGGGAAUAUUUAAAAGAAUUCGUGGUGAGCCUAUAAGUGCUAAUAUCCUCCCCAGGGAAGGACGGAUAGGAGAAAGACCAGAGGUCAUCUAUCAUGUCAUUCAAAGUCUUCUCCUGGGCUCCCUUGCGAUGACCUUUGAGGGAGUGAAGUACUUGUGGACGCCCUAUGUCUGUGUCCUUGCUGCCUUCGGUGUUUGUUCCCCCGAGCUGUGGAUUACACUGCUCAAGUGGAUCCGCGUGAAAACUGUACAUCCAGUCUUGAUGGCUUUCAUCUUAAGUGCAGCUGUCCCCACUGUGAUCGGCUUUAGCUUAUGGAGAGAGUUCUUACCCAAGAUCGUCAACGAGUUAUCAGAACUGGAGGAGCACUAUGAGUCUGACACUGUGGAGCUCAUGAACUGGAUAAAAGGUCAGGCUCCCCUGGCUGCAGUGUUUGCUGGGAGUCCUCAGCUGAUGGGUGCCAUAAAGCUCUGUACAGGUUGGAUGGUGACAAGUUUACCUGUGUACAAUGAUGAAGAACUGAUGAAGAGGAAUGAACAUGUUUAUCAGAUCUAUAGCAUGAGGUCAGCAGAAGACAUCUACAAGAUCUUAACCUCCUAUAAAGCCAACUAUGUGGUGAUUGAAGAUUCAAUCUGUAAUGAGGUGGCUGGAUUGAAAGGUUGCAGAGUAAAGGAUUUGCUUGAUAUUGCAAAUGAUCAUGUGGUGAACGAGGAUGGGGAUAUUUAUGCCUACUCAAAAUAUGGACGCUUCUGCCACGAAAUCAAAAUGAAUUAUUCUCCGUAUGUGAAUUACUUCACCAGAGUGUUCUGGAACAGGUCCUAUUUUGUGUAUAAAAUCAACACUCUUAUAUCUUUCCAGUACUGACAAUCGUGAGGAUUUAU